AUGGGAGACAUUGAGAAUUCUCAAGUCACGAGUGAGAAGAUCCUAAAAGAUGCGUUUGAUAUAAGAGAAAAGCCUCUUGAAAGACCUGCUCAGUCAAUUCAAGAUCUCGAUGAGUUACGAUCAUUUCAAUUAAAGAAGAGAAAAGAAUAUGAACAACAACUAAAUAAAAAUAGAUUAAAUUUUGGUCAAUGGAUAAGAUAUGCUAAAUGGGAAUUAAAUCAUAAUCGAGAUUUUCCUCGAGCAAGAUCAAUUUUUGAAAGAGCACUUGAUGUAAAUGUUCAACAUAUACCAUUUUGGAUUCAAUAUAUUCAAUUAGAAUUAUCACACAAGAAUAUUAAUCAUGCAAGAAAUUUAUUAGAUAGAGCCACUACUACUCUUCCAAGAGUCAAUAAGUUUUGGUUUCUAUAUGUUCAAACUGAAGAAACUUUAAAAAAUUAUAAGAUGGUACGAAUACUAUUUGAAAGGUGGUUAGAAUGGCACCCAGAUUCUUCAGCUUGGGAUGCAUAUAUUGGUUUUGAAAGAAGAUAUGAUGAAUUUGAUAAUGCCAGAAAUAUUUUCUCAAGGUAUGUAAUUGAACAUCCUGGUAGUGAUACUUGGUUGAAAUGGAUAGAAUUUGAAAUUCAUGAAGUAUCGUCAAUUACAGAGAAUAUAAUUAACGUUAGAAGAGUAUUUGAAAUAUCAGCCGAUUCUAUACUUACCAAUAAAAGCUCAAAGAGUAAUGAUGAAAAAUUUCCUCUAAUUAUUUCUCAAUGGGCAGAAUGGGAAAUAUCAGUCAAAGAGUAUGAAAGAGCCAGAGCUAUAUAUAAUAUUAUUCUUGACACUUCAAAAGUAAAAUUAUCAACAUUUCAAAGAAAUGAAAUCCUCAAAAACUUUUCUGAUUUUGAAAAGAAUCAUGGAAAUAAAGAUAGUAUACAAUCGACUAUUAUACAAAAACGAUUAAUUAAAUAUGAACAAGAUUUGAUAGAAACUCCAGACGAUUAUGAUACUUGGUGGAUAUAUAUUAAUUUAUUGAGUGAAAAUGCCAAACCUGAGACAUUAAGAUCAAAGUUUAAAAAAUCAGUUUCCAAGGUACCAUCUGAGAAAGUUAAAUCUAUUACAUGGAAGAGAUAUAUAUAUUUGUGGAUCAGAUAUAUUUUAUGGGAAGAAUUUAAUUGUGGUGAUAUUGAAGAAUCAAGAUCAUUGUGGAAUCAAUGCAUAAAAAUUAUACCUCAUAGUCAUUUUACAUUUGGUAAAGUAUGGAAACACUAUGCUGAAUUUGAAUUAAGAAAUGAUGAACAAAAUGGUUUACUGAAAGCUCGGAAAAUUCUAGGUAGAUCUAUUGGACAAAGUAGUAGUCAAAAGUCAAAGAAGAGUUUGUUCAAGUAUUAUAUUAAUUUUGAGAAAAAAUUAGGUGAGUGGGACAGAGUUAGAAAACUUUAUGAGAGAUGGCUUGAGAUUGAUACCCUAAGUAAAGCCAAUACUAAUUCAAUUCCUAUAGUUUUAGAUUAUAUUGAAUUUGAAAAGAGUUUGAAUGAAUAUGAUCGAGUUUUAUCCAUAUUCAAUGCUAGUUUAGUAUUAGCAGAUCAUGAAGAUUUAUCGAAAAAGUUUAUUCCCUUAGAAACAUUAUGGAUAUCGUUUAUUCAUUAUUUUCAAGAUGAAAUGAAAUAUGAUGAAGCUCGUAAAUUAUAUCGUACAUUAAUUGAUAAGACUGAUAAUUCAAGAGUUUGGAUAUCAUUAGCUGUAUUUGAAUCAUCAAUACCAACAUAUGAACAAUUACAAGAAUUUAAUGAAAGUAAUGAAGAAGAACUUGAAUUUAGUAUUACAGAAACUCAUAGACAAAAUACUAGAUCUAUAUUUAAAGAAGCAGAUAAAUUCUAUAAAGAUAAACAAUUAAAUGAACAAAGACUUGUUAUACUUGAAGCAUGGAAAGAAUAUGAAUUAGAGCAUGGAAAUGAAGAGAGUAUAAAACAAAUAGAAGCUAGAAUGCCUACUUUAGUGAAAAGAAGAAGAAAAGUUGAUAACUUUGAAGAAGAAUAUAUUGAAUAUAUUUUCCCUCAAGAUCAAGCAGGCAUAUCGGCCAAGCCAGGUAUUAGCAAGUUUUUGGAAAAUGCCAAAAAAUGGAAAUCUAUGGCGCAAUAA